CCAAUAGGAUGAGUGAGCUAAAAAAAGAUCCGGAUCUAGCUCGGUUGCGUAGCGAAAGCGCCGCCGCAGCUCCUGAAAGCGAGGUCCCGUGUUGAAGGACCGGCGAGAGAGGAGCUCAAGGCGGCGUCCUCAGUGGUCCCCUCCCCCUCCAGUGUAUCCGCACAACAACCCUGCAAGUGCUGAGCAGAGGUCUUACAAUGGAGACGCUGACAGCCAGUGAGAUCCGCCAGCGGUUCAUCAACUUCUUUGUGGAGAACCAGCAUACCUAUGUGCAUUCGUCUGCUACCAUCCCUCUGGAUGAUCCUACCCUACUCUUUGCCAAUGCUGGCAUGAACCAGUUCAAGCCUAUCUUCCUCAACACGAUUGACCCUUCCCAUCCCAUGGCAAAGCUGACACGAGCGGUCAACACCCAGAAGUGCAUUCGAGCUGGUGGCAAACACAACGACUUGGAUGACGUGGGCAAGGAUGUCUAUCAUCACACUUUCUUUGAGAUGCUGGGCUCCUGGUCUUUUGGAGAUUACUUCAAGGAACUGGCUUGCAAGCUUGCUCUGGACCUGCUCACCAAAGAAUUUGGCAUCCCCAUCGAAAGGCUCUAUGUGACUUAUUUUGGGGGCAACGAAGCAGCCGGCUUGGAGCCUGACUUAGAUUGCAAGCAAAUUUGGCUGGAUCUUGGUCUGGCAGAGAGUAAGAUUCUUCCAGGCAGCAUGAAGGACAACUUCUGGGAAAUGGGAGACACGGGGCCCUGCGGUCCUUGCAGCGAGAUGCAUUACGACCGGAUUGGGGGCCGAGACGCUUCCCACCUUGUCAAUCAAGAUGAUCCCAACGUGCUAGAGAUCUGGAAUUUGGUGUUCAUACAGUUCAACAGAGAGGCUGACGGGACCUUGAAACCACUGCCGAAGAAAAGCAUCGACACCGGCAUGGGCCUGGAGCGGCUGGUGUCCGUGUUGCAGAACAAAAUGUCCAACUAUGACACUGAUCUCUUUGUGCCUUAUUUUGAAGCUAUUCAGAAGGGGACUGGCUGCCGGCCUUACACCGGGCAAGUUGGUGAGGAAGAUGUCGAUGGCAUAGAUAUGGCUUAUCGAGUCCUGGCUGACCAUGCCCGAACCAUCACCAUAGCCCUUUCAGAUGGAGGGAGGCCUGAUAACACUGGCAGAGGGUAUGUUCUGAGGCGCAUCCUCCGACGUGCAGUGCGCUAUGCCCACGAGAAGCUCAAUGCUCCCAAAGGAUUCUUCGCCACACUGGUUGACGUGGUGGUACAGUCCUUGGGUGGAGCCUUCCCUGAACUAACAAAAGAUCCAGAUAUGGUGAAAGAUAUUAUCAACGAGGAGGAGGUGCAGUUCUUGAAGACCCUCAAUCGAGGACGACGCAUUCUUGACAGGAAGAUUCAGAGCUUGGGAGACAAUAAAAUAAUUCCUGGAGACACAGCCUGGCUUCUGUAUGACACUUACGGUUUCCCUGUGGAUCUCACUGGGCUUAUUGCAGAAGAGAAGGGGCUGAAAGUUGACAUGGAAGGCUUUGAGGAGGAGAGGAAGACUGCUCAGUUGAAGUCUCAGGGCAAGGGAGGUGGUGAUGAAGAUCUUAUCAUGUUGGACAUCUAUGCUAUUGAAGAUCUCCGCUGCAGAGGUCUGGAGGCCACAGAUGACUCCCUGAAGUACAGCUAUUCAUCGGAUACGAAUGGCUCCUAUGAAUUUGAUAGCCCUGGGGCCACAGUGAAAGCUCUUCGACGGGAAAAGACCUUUGUGGAGGAAGUUCAUACAGGCCAAGAGUGUGGGGUUGUACUGGACCAAACCUGCUUCUACGCUGAGCAGGGUGGACAGAUCUAUGAUGAAGGCUACUUGGUUAAAGAAGAUGAUGGUGGUGAAGAUAAAACGGAGUUUACAGUGAAAAAUGUACAAGUCCGAGGGGGUUACGUGCUCCAUGUGGGCACAGUCUAUGGGAGCCUCAAGGUGGGAGAUUCUGUGCAGCUGUUUAUUGAUGAGCCAAGGCGAAGGCCCAUUAUGAGCAAUCAUACUGCCACCCACAUCCUCAACUUUGCUUUACGUUCUGUGUUGGGGGAAGCUGAUCAGCGAGGAUCCUUGGUGGCUCCAGACCGAUUGCGGUUUGACUUCACUGCCAAGGGAGCCAUGUCUACACAGGAAAUCAAGAAGACGGAAGAGAUUGUUAAUGGGAUGAUUCAGGAAGCCAAGAUUGUGUAUGCCAAGGACUGUCCCCUGGCAGCUGCCAAGGCCAUCCAAGGCCUCCGAGCGGUCUUUGAUGAGACUUAUCCUGACCCUGUACGUGUUGUCUCAAUUGGCAUACCAGUUGAGGACAUGCUGGCUGAUCCCUCCAGCGCAGCAGGUGCCAUCACAUCGGUCGAGUUCUGCGGGGGGACGCAUUUGCAGAACUCAGGUCACGCGGGACACUUUGUCAUUGUGUCGGAAGAAGCGAUAGCUAAGGGCAUCCGGAGGAUAGUGGCCGUCACUGGCGCAGAAGCACAAAAGGCGUUGAGGAAAGCAGAUGGUCUGAAAAAGCAGCUGGCUGACCUAGAAACUAAAGUGAAGGUCCAGAGGACUCCCAACAAAGAAGUCCAACGUGAGAUUGCAGAUCUUGGCGAGGCCCUGGCUACUGCCGUCAUUCCCCAGUGGCAAAAGGAUGAACUCAGAGAGGCCCUAAAAGCAUUAAAGAAGGUUAUGGAUGAUUUGGAUCGGGCCAACAAGGCAGACAUCCAGAAACGAGUGCUGGACAAGAUGAAGCAGCUGAUUGAGGCUUAUCCCAACCAGCCCCUAGUGAUUCUGGAAAUGGAGAAUGGUGCUUCUGCGAAGGCAUUGAAUGAAUCCUUGAAGCUGUUGAAGACCCAUUCUCCUGAGACAGCAGCUAUGCUUUUCACCGUGGAUAAUGAAGCAGGCAAAAUUACCUGUUUAUGCCAAGUCCCUCAAGAAGUUGCCAACAAAGGGCUGAAGGCGAGCGAGUGGGUGCAGCAGGUCUCCGUGCUGAUGGAUGGCAAGGGAGGAGGGAAAGACCUGUCCGCCCAGGCCACAGGCAAAAACACAGACUGCCUCGAGGAAGCUCUGCAGGUGGCCACAGAAUUUGCCAAGCUCAAGCUGGUCGGGCUGAAGAACUGAACCCCACCUAGGAAGGAUGUUCCUUGCCUGCAGGCCAAUAGCUUAGAAGUUUAUUUUAGUGGCCUCCAUGGAGGACCAGACGAUGCAUGGUUAUCCUACCUUCAUCUGCUUUUGGCACUAACCCAAGAGAGGCGGUUGGAAAAGGCAGUCAUCUGGAUACCCAGCCGCAAAACCAGGGCCAUGCCACUUUGAGCCCCAUCUCCUGGGAACAGCCAACCCAUCUCAGGACACCUGCUGCUGAGGAACUGGCCUUCCUUUGGCACACCCAGUUGUCACAUAAGCGUAUCCUUCAUUGCAAUGCCACUUGGCAGGUUAAACUGUGCAGUUUCCUUCUCCUCUGUGGUUAAGCGCUGAGGUUGGGGUGUCAUAACGUGAAUAUAUGCAGGGAUGAACGUUGCCUGCUGUUGUCACAUUUCUUCUUGCUAACUGUGGAAACUGUCCCUCCGCUCAUUGUAUUAACCUCCAUUACAGCAAGCCUGCCCUACCAGGGAAAAAUUGUGGGUCAGACAGAGCCAGUGCUGAAUAAAGAAGCAGACACUGUGUAUUGCACAGCGGAAAUAACGGGUGUGUCAUUUUACUGGAUCAGCAUGUUGCAUGCAACCCGGAACAAAGUGCAAAAUUUGGAUUUAUUCAGUUCUUUCUCCUCCACUUCUUUGCAUGGCUUUGGAGAAAACAUUAGGAAAAGGAAGUUUUCCUUACUGGGUAACAAGCUAUGGUUAAUGGGGAUGGGUUUGUUGAAAUUGUAACUCAAACUGGUAUAGGCUAUAUUAAUUACCCUAAUUAUGCCCAGCUAGGUGUCAGCACCCAGUGAGCCUUGGGUGAUCUUGAAAAAACUAAGCAGGGUGAGGCCAGGCUCCUACUUGGGUGGGUGACUAUCAGGGUUGUAGACUAGACUGGGAAGUUGGAAAAACCUCACUUGGGAGAAGUCAGUAUGAAACCACUCCCAUGUUGUUGCCCCAUAAUUCACCUGAAUGUGGCCAUGGAGUCACCUGCAAUCAAGCUUGACCCAAAGGGGACUUGACUUUGUUAACUUGAAUGACUGUUCACCUCUUCCAAGCCAUGCCAGAGGAAGAAAGGGAGACCCACAGAUCUCAGAAUUUGUUGCUGCUUAAUUUAGUGUUAUAGACGGACUCUGAUAUGCAUGCUGCUACUUUAUGGGUUGGGGAAGUGUUCUCAGAGAUGAAGGACAGAGAUGAACAUAUAAUUAGCUUCUCAUUUUAUACAGCAGGUUUCUUAGACUUGAAAGGUAAAGAAGCCUUAAGUUAAGUCAAGCUCCACUAAAGUGGUUUGCCAUUUCCUUCCAUUUUUUUCUUUAAACUUCUCGGUCUGGCCUACAGCCCUGGAAUUCUCAGGUGGUCUCCCAUCCAAGCACUAACCUUGGUUGACCCUGCUUAGCUUCUGAGAGGAACUGAUCAUAAAGCCUAAUGUUUACCUCCAUUUUGUAGCUGCAUAGCAUUGGGCUGUUAAGAAUUUGUAGAAGCUGUGGCAUUAAACCCAAAGGCCAGGAAAACCAGAAUGAUUAGAAAUGUGGAUACUGCCCUCUGCUGUUUUUUUGUGGUUUUUUUUUUUUUUU